UUUCGUGGCAUUCUUGCGCAUUCGUGUUUCUCUUUCUCCCUCGCGUCGUCGUUUCGUUAGGGCAUAAAACCCUUUUCGGAUCGGUGGAGCAAAGCCUCGCCGGCGAGAUUCCCGAGGCUGUUUAGUUGGCGAUCGAGCACCGGUGGAAGCGACGAAGAUGAAGGUUUUCGUGAAGACUCUGAAAGGAACGCACUUUGAAAUUGAAGUGAAUUCCUCGGACACGCUUUCUGAAGUGAAGAAAAAUAUCGAAACUGUUCAGGGCGCAGAUGUCUAUCCUGCAGCGCAGCAAAUGCUAAUUCAUCAAGGAAAAGUUCUCAAGGAUGGCACUACAUUGGAGGAAAAUGAAAUAAAUGAAAAUAGUUUUAUUGUCAUUAUGCUAUCGAAGACUAAGAGCUCUUCUGGUGAAGGAUCUACUACUUCAACUGCACCUUCAACUAAGGCUACACAGACAAGUGCAGCUCCUACUCCAACCUCUGUGUCAACUGCACCUCAACCUCCUACUGCAACUGGGGAAACGCCUCCACCUAUUACUGCCACAGUUCCUGCUCCUGCCCUAGCUCCGGCUCCGGCACCUGCUGCUGCUGCUGCUGCUCCUUCUCCUUCUCCUGCUCCUGCUCCUAUAUCUCUGGGCUCUGCAGUGCCAGGGUCCGAUAUAUAUGGGCAGGCAGCAUCCAAUCUUGUUGCUGGUGUCAACUUGGAGGAAAUAAUUCAGCAAAUCCUUGAUAUGGGUGGAGGAAGCUGGGAUAGGGAUACUGUUGUCCGUGCUCUUCGGGCUGCUUACAACAACCCUGAGAGAGCUGUUGAAUAUUUGUAUUCAGGCAUACCAGAGCAAGCUGAAGCUCAACCUGUGGCCCGAGUGCCUGCAAGUGCUCAACCUGCAAAUCCUCCAGCUGCUGCUGCUCCACAAGCAGCACAACCAGCAUCUGUUCCAUCUAGUGGACCUAAUGCUAAUCCUUUAGACCUAUUUCCCCAGGGCCUUCCCAAUGUUGGUUCUGGUGCUGCUGGUGCCGGUUCUUUAGAUUUUCUGCGCAACAGUCAACAGUUCCAAGCCUUGCGAGCUAUGGUGCAGGCUAAUCCACAAAUAUUGCAGCCUAUGCUACAAGAGCUUGGCAAGCAAAAUCCUCAUCUUAUGAGAUUGAUUCAAGAGCAUCAAGUUGACUUCCUACGCCUGAUAAACGAACCUGUGGAAGGUGGUGAGGGGAAUAUUUUGGGACAGCUGGCUGGUGCCAUGCCACAAGCAGUGACUGUCACCCCUGAGGAGCGGCAAGCAAUUGAACGUCUUGAAGCAAUGGGUUUUGAUCGUGCAACUGUAUUGGAGGUGUACUUCGCUUGUAACAAAAAUGAGGAACUGGCUGCCAACUACCUCUUAGAUCACAUGCAUGAGUUUGAUGAAUAAUUAGAUCACCUUUGCAAUUUGUCAAAUUUCCUUUCGAUGGGUCUUUGGUAUGUAAGCAAGUAAUGUUUGAUAAUGACCACUCUCGAAUGGACAAGAUAUGUUUUAACCACCUCCACAUUAUUGUCCAUGUAUUUGUCAUUUUCUUUUCUCCAUAUUCAUAUACAGAGUUGUUUGCCUUG